AUGUGUCCAGAGCUUGCUCAAAAUUUGGGUCUAGACUCUGAAAUACAAGCUCUGCAAACCCUAACUCUCACCAUUCGUUUACACUUUCUUAGGCGCCCAUAAACAGUUGCUUUCUUUAGCUCUCUCUCUCUCAGAACUCUUUUGCUAAUCCACUCCUUGGUCCUUAUUCUUACAAUCGAGGACCUCAAUCAGUAAAACCAUGGCGGAGAGAGGAGAGCGUGGCGGCUUCGGACGCGGCUUUGGCCGUGGUGGUGGCCGGGGUGAUCGCGGCCGUGGCCGCGGUGGGCGCCGUGGUGGUGGUCGCAGAGAAGAAGAAGAAAAAUGGAUUCCCGUCACCAAACUCGGAAGAUUAGUAAAAGAAGGAAAAAUUAGAAGCCUUGAACAGAUCUACCUUCACUCUCUCCCUGUAAAGGAGCACCAGAUAGUAGAUACCCUGCUUCCAAACUUGAAAGACGAGGUCAUGAAGAUAAUGCCCGUACAGAAACAGACACGGGCUGGUCAAAGAACUCGAUUCAAGGCCUUUAUUGUGGUUGGUGACGGUAAUGGUCACGUCGGAUUGGGGGUUAAGUGUAGCAAAGAAGUUGCUACUGCGAUUCGUGGAUCAAUAAUCUUGGCUAAGCUUUCUGUGAUUCCCGUUAGGAGGGGUUACUGGGGGAACAAGAUUGGGAAACCUCAUACUGUGCCUUGCAAGGUUACAGGUAAGUGUGGAUCCGUUACUGUGCGUAUGGUACCUGCUCCUCGUGGUGCUGGGAUCGUUGCUGCUAGGGUUCCAAAGAAGGUACUACAGUUUGCUGGGAUUGAAGAUGUUUUCACUUCGUCUCGUGGAUCGACUAAGACUUUGGGGAAUUUCGUUAAGGCCACAUUUGAUUGCCUCUUGAAAACCUAUGGGUUUCUGACACCUGAUUUUUGGAGGGAAACUCGGUUCAUCAAAUCUCCCUUCCAAGAGUACACGGAUCUAUUGGCAAAGCCGACUACGAAGGCCAUCAUCUUGGAGGAUUUGGACAAGGAGUAAACCAUCAUUUAUUUAUUUUUGACAAACUAGAGGAAGGCCACCAAACAAUUUUGUAGCUUUUGCUUAGUGAAGGGGUCAGUUGUUUUUACAGUUCACUGGUUUGCUACUUCCCAAAAGUGAAGUAAAUGAAGUCAUCUUUCUUUCA